AUGAUGAACAAGCUUUUCAUCGGGAACCUGAGCCCCGCCGUCACCGCCGAAGACCUCCGGCAGCUCUUUGGGGACAGGGAGCUGCCCCUGGCGGGACAGGUCCUGCUCAAGUCCCGCUACGCCUUCGUGGACUACCCUGACCAGAACUGGGCCAUCCGCACCAUCGAGACCCCCUCGGGUCAAGUGGAAUUGCAUGGGAAAAUCAUGGAAGUUGAUUAUUCAGUCUCUAUAAAGCUAAGGAGCAGGAACAUUCAGAUUCGAAAUAUCCCUCCUCACCUGCAGUGGGAGGUGUUGGAUGGACUUUUGGCUCAAUAUGGGACAGUGGAGAAUGUGGAACAAGUCAACACAGACACAGAGACCGCUGUUGUCAACGUCACAUAUGCAACAAAAGAAGAAGUAAAAAUAGCCAUGAAGAAGCUAAUCGGGCAUCAGUUUGAGAACUACUCCUUCAAGAUUUCCUACAUCCCGGAUGAAGAGGUGAGCUGCCCUUCGCCCCCUCAGCGAGCCCAGCGUGGGGACCACUCUUCCUGGGAGCAAGGCCAAGCCCCUGGGGGCUCUUCUCAGGCCAGACAGAUUGAUUUCCCACUGCGGAUCCUGGUCGCCACCCAGUUUGUUGGUGCCAUCAUCGGAAAGGAGGGCUUGACCAUAAAGAAUAUCACUAAGCAGAGCCAGUCCCGGGUAGACAUCUAUAGACAAGAGAACUCCGGAGCUGCAGAGAAGCCUGUCACCAUCCAUGCCACCCCAGAGUGGACUUCUGAAGCAUGCCGCAUGAUUCUUGAAGUAAUGCAGAAAGAGGCAGAUGAGGCCAAACUAGCCGAAGAGAUUCCUCUGAAAAUCUUGGCCCACAAUGGCUUGGUUGGAAGACUGAUUGGAAAAGAAGGCAGAAAUUUGAAGAAAAAUGAACAUGAAACAGGGACCAAGAUAACAAUCUCAUCUUCGCAGGAUUUGAGCAUAUACAACCCGGAAAGAACCGUCACUGUGAAGGGCACAGUCGAGGUCUGUGCCAGUGCUGAGAUAGAGAUUAUGAAGAAGCUGCGUGAGGCCUUUGAAAAUGAUACGCUGACUGUUAAUAUCCACUUCGGAUACUUCUCCAGCCUGUACCCCCAUCACCAGUUUGGCCCGUUCCAGCAUCAUCACUCUUAUCCAGAGCAGAAGAUUGUGAAUCUCUUCAUCCCAACCCAGGGUGUGGGCGCCAUCAUCGGGAAGAAAGGGGCACACAUCAAACAGCUGGCGAGAUUCGUGGGAGCCUCCAUCAAGAUCGCCCCUGCGGAAGGCCCAGACGAGCGGAAGGUCAUCAUCACCUGGCCACCUGAAUCCCAGUUCAAGGCCCAGGGACGGAUCUUUGGGAAACUGAAAGAAGAAAACUUUUUUAACCCCAAAGAAGAAGUGAAGCUGGAAACCCAUAUCAGAGUGCCCUCUUCCACCGCUGGCCAGGUGAUUGGCAAAGGGGGCAAGACCGUGAAUGAACUGCAGAAUUUAAUCAGUGCAGAAGUCAUCGUGCCUCGUGACCAAACGCCAGAUGAAAAUGAGGAAAUGAUCGUCAGAAUUAUCGGGCACUUCUUUGCUAGCCAGACUGCACAGCGCAAGAUCAGGGAAACUGUACAACAGGUGAAGCAGCAGGAGCAGAAAUACCCUCAGGGAGUUGCCUCACAGCGCAGCAAGUGAGGAUCCCACAGGCACAAGCAAAACAACGGAAGAAUGUAGCCCUUCCAACACCUGACAG